AUGGCUUCCACGAAACGCGAGCUCUCACUCGGACCCGAACACGAUUCAAAAAAGUUAGAGCUUGAACACGAGUCAAAAAAGGCAAAGCUUGAGCUCCCACCCGAACCAGAAUUCCAAAAGGCAGAGAUCGAUGCUACUGAACCCGAUUCUCCAAAAUCCACGUCGAGCCAGCUGCGCGUGACGCUCAAUCCCACUGAUUGUAGUUUAGAUUUUGAUAUUGAACAAGAUGGUCUUCAAGGUUCUGGACUUCAUGAGGAGGGGUUUGCUUAUUGUUGGUCUGGUGCUCGAGCCAAUGUUGGAAUAACUGGAGGGAAGUAUUGUUUCAGUUGCAAAAUUGUUUCUGUUCAACCGGUUAAUAUGGAAGACACGCCACCUGACCAGCAGUAUGUUUGUCGUUUAGGCAUUUCAAGGGGAGAUGAUGCAGUUGGAAACCUAGGGGAGACUCCGCAUAGCUUUGGGUUUGGAGGCACAGGAAAAUUCUCUAGUGCUGGAAAAUUUUCAGACUAUGGUGAAAAGUUUGGGGUUGGAGAUACAAUCAAGUGCUGUGUUGAUCUCGAAAGUAAACCAUUGGCUUGUAUAGGAUUCUCCCAGAAUGGAAAAUGGUUGGGAUUUGCAAAGGUAUUUGAUGCUGGCCCAAGAGGCCUUGAAGUGGUGGAUUCUCCAAUAAAAGAGCUUCAAUGGGAGUCAGCUCUAUUUCCUCAUGUUCUAUUGAAGAAUGUCAUGGUUCAGUUGCAAUUCAGUGUUGAAGAUGGACUUGUUCCUGAAGAAGGCUAUAAGCCCUGGGCUUCAGCUCUUGAUGAUGGGAAUGCAAUAAUGGGACCUAAUUCUUCUGACAUGAGGGAUUGUGAAGUAAUGAUGAUGGUGGGGUUACCUGCUUCUGGUAAGACUACAUGGGCAGAGAAAUGGAUAAAAGAGCACCCUGAGAAGCGUUAUGUGUUGCUUGGAACAAACCUUAUUCUGGAUCAAAUGAAGGUUUCAAUUUUGGCUUCUUACAUUGUUCCUGGGCUAUUGCGUAAGCAAAAUUAUGGUGAACGAUUUGAUCGCCUUAUGGGUCGAGCAAAUGCAAUAUUUGAUACCCUGUUAUCCAGGGCAUCUAAGACUCCUCGAAAUUAUAUUAUCGAUCAAACCAAUGUUUUCAAGAAUGCACGCAAACGCAAAUUGAGACCAUUUUCAAAUUUUCGUAAGAUUGCUGUUGUGGUGUUUCCAAAACCAGAAGAGCUAAAAUUCCGAGCAGAUAAGAGAUUUAAAGAAAUGGGGACGGAAGUUCCUUUUGAUGCCGUAAGCAAUAUGCUAGCUAAUUAUGUUCUCCCCACAAGCAAGGAUAUGCCUGGUUCAGAUGAACUUUUUGAUCAGGUAAACAUUUGGGAGUCGCAGAAACAUUUGGAGGAAAUGAAGCAUGCUUUAAAGACUAAAACUCUGCCUUGUUCUCGGCAGACUUCCAUCGAGUUAUAUGCUAGGUCUCCAAUGCAAAAUCAAGGAGCUUUACCAGUUUGUAGCGGAUCCUGGCAAAGUUCUCAUCCACCUCCUCCACUAUUGUGUUAUGGCUACCAAAACACCAACCCAGCUCCCCCAUCAUCGAAUUAUGGCUACCAAAAUACCAACCUUCCUCCUCCACCAUUGAAUGAUGGCUGCCAAAAAACCAACCAGGGAUUUGGAUCUUCUUUGGGGGCAUAUCAGAGCUAUCAAAGUCCGUCCAUACCUAGAGCUCUUGUUCCUGAUACCACUUGUGCAAGUUCUGAACCAAGAAAUAACAGUGGUUACUCUUGGAACUUUGGUGCCAUUUCUGGUGGUAGAGCUGACUCUUGCCAGAACUAUGGAUCUGUUGAUCCGUAUGGCAGAGCAGACACUGUUGGUGAGAAAAGUGUUGUUGGUGCUGCUGCUACUUCUGACCCCUACUGGAGCAAUAUGACAGAGCCCUCCCCAGGGGGAGGUUUGCCUUAUGGAUCUCCUUGCUUUCCACUGUCUGCAUCUCCGACUCCAUCCCCGAGGCCCCCAUACGCCAAUUUUCCUGCUGGCAUGCAGCAGCAUUCUGGACGAUAUAACCCUCGUCCUCCGAGAUACUACUAA